ACCCUGAAGAUCCAUAAUAUUGGUGCUCUUGGUUUAUUUUCCAUGAUUGGGCCGAUCUGUUCAUAGAGCAAGUUUAUACAGCGCCGUGGUAAUUAGGACGUCGAUAAGACGAUUAGAAGAGGAAGAAGCCGACGACUCGAAUACCCAUGCACAGCGUUGCCUCCUCCUUCCUCCUCCUCCGUUAAUUUUAAACACAGAAGAAUUCUGUCGUCCUUCACAUGGUGGUGGGAACAUGUGCAGAACAGAAUGCUGCUUCCUCUUCCUAAUCGUCCUCCUCCUUCCACUGGGGUUCGUUGACAUGACUGAAACUCACUUUUGGUACUGUUCCGGCAGCUCAAACUACACGGCGAACAGCACCUUCAGCCACAACCUGCAGCGGGCGCUGGCCUCUGUGGUAGCCAACGUGUCCCUCACGAGCUUCUACAAUGUCACCGUGGGCAAGAGCCCCGACCAAGCCUUUGCCGCUGCCCAGUGUCGGGGCGACCUCGACGGUGAAGCUUGCCAGGUCUGCGUCUCUGAUGCUGCCUCACAGGUCGCCCAGCUGUGCCCUCAGAACAGAGCGGCCAUCAUUUUCUUCCAAGGCUGCAUAAUGUACUAUCAUGACGCUAACUUCACUGUGCCUCAAUCAUUUAUGAAUUUGUCACUUCCGAGGCUCGAGGCCAUCCCCGACCCCCAAAGAUUCAGACCCAUGCUCAUUUCCUUCUUCAACAAGCUCAUCCUUUCCACAACCACCAACCCUUCAGGCCGCUUGUUCUGGGGCGACAUGUUCAGAUACACUCGGAACCUGACUAUCUACGCCACCGCACAGUGCGUUCAAUACCUGUCCCCUAAGGGCUGCAGAUCUUGCUUAGACAUAGCCUUCGCUCAAAUGCUCAAGAAUUUUGGAGAUAGACAGGGCGGUGUAGUUUACCAUAACAUCGAGUGCCUGGUAAGAUUCGAGCCCUUUUCCUUUUUCACUCCACCACCUCACAAGAUUGAUCCAAACAGUGGCGGUUCUUUCUCAAGUAAUUGCUCCCAACCAACAUCAAGCAACAAGGUUGGCACCCCCUUUCAUAAAAAUCUCAAGGCUCUGCUCUCUUAUUUGAUAGAGAAUGCACCUUUAUCUGGUUUCUAUAAUGAUAACGUUGGCCUGGGCUCCGGCCAAGUCUACGGUCAGGCCCUGUGCCGAGGCGACAUCCCCAAUGACGUUUGUUGGCACUGCACGGCCCAGGCUUCUAGCAAAAUCCAAGAACUGUGCCCCAACAGUAGAAGGGCCAUCAUAUGGCUCGACCACUGCCAAUUGCGUUACUCUGACGAGAACUUCGGCGGCAUGGUAGACGUCUCCGACGGAGCAUGCCAACCAGCAGAAGAAAAAGCGUCAGAAUCCAACCUGACCUCACUGUCGAUGCAGAGUUCUUCUAAUCACUUCUUUGCUACAGGAAUAUCUGUAAUUCCUGACUCAAAAAGGAUCUACGCUUUGGUGCAGUGCGUGAGAGAUAUACCUGUGGAUCGAUGUAGGUGGUGCUUGCAGAAUGCGAGCUCUGAUAUUGAGGGAUGUUCUAAUGGAAAGCAAGGCGGUAGUAUCCUCAGGGGAAGCUGCAUCCUGGCUUUUGGAGUGCAGCCCUUCUUUUUUGGCGAUCCAACACUGGUAUCACUUCCGCAGCGGAAUCACGGGCAUAACCGCUGGUGGAUUUUUGUUGUUAUCUGCUUCAUUGGAGGGUUACUGCUAGCAGCAGCCUGUUUGUUGUGCUUAGUUCGGAGAAGACAGCAUCAAGCAGGGAGUGAGGCAAACUAUGAUUUACCACAAGAAAGGCAAACCGCUUGUCUCAGACAUCCAAGGAAGGCAAACUAUGAUUUACCACAGGUCAGCCUGAGGUCAAUAGAAUAUGCUACAGAUAAAUUUUCAGAAUCAAAUAAGCUUGGAGAAGGUGGAUAUGGUCCUGUCUACAAGGGAAGGUUUCCCGAUGGGCAGGAAGUAGCUGUGAAGAGGCUGUCCGGUCGCUCGAAGCAAGGGUUGAAGCAGUUCAGGAAUGAAGUUGAGCUGAUAUCCAAACUUCAACACACAAACCUGGUUCGGCUCAUUGGUUGCUGCCUGGACAACGACGAGAAGAUGCUGAUAUAUGAAUAUAUGCCCAAUAAAAGCCUUGAUUUCUUCCUCAAGGAUCCAGGAAGGCGUGUUUUGCUGGAUUGGGAAAAGAGGCUCAAUAUCAUAAUAGGAAUUGCAAGGGGGAUGCUUUACCUUCACCAACAUUCUCGACUCAACAUCAUUCAUCGAGAUCUCAAAGCUAGCAACGUGUUGUUAGACGAGCAAUUGAAUCCUAAGAUUUCUGACUUCGGAUUGGCAAGGAUUUUCAGUGGAGUUCAGGACCAGGAAACUACCAGUGCCGUUGUUGGUACAUCUGGAUAUGUGGCUCCAGAGUAUGCCAUGAAUGGUGUCCUUUCUACAAAAUCUGACGUCUACAGCUUUGGUAUUUUAUUGUUGGAAAUCAUCAGUGGCCAACUGAAUUCAAGUUUUUGUGCUACUCAUCAAGGCUGUUGUCUCGUCGAGCAUGCAUGGAGCUUGUGGUGUGAAGAAAAGGGGACAGAGUUCAUCGAUCCAGUCCUCAAAGAUGCUGCUACUUCUACAAGUGAUCAAAUGCUAUGGUGUCUGCAUAUUGGCUUACUCUGCAUUGAAGAAGAUGUUGCAACUAGGCCAACCAUGUCAAUGGUGGUUCUCAUGCUUGGCAACAAUGACUUGGACCUUCCCUCGCCCACACAGCCUCCAUUCAUCGAGGAAAAUGUUGCAGAAUCAAGCCUACCACGUUAUGCUGUUAUUUCGCCUCUUGCUUCUAAGAGUACAAGGUAAAAUGCAACAAAUAGUUGCAUGCUAUUUGUUACAUGGAAAAAUUGGGUAUCCUAUUUGAUCAAGUUCAAAUUUAGGCGGUGAUCAUGAUUUGUUAUUGCCUAUUUGUUAGGUGGCAUUCUGUAUUUUUUUCAAUAGUAAAUUAUGAGUCAAUUGACUCUCUAA